AUCACCUGCAUCGCUUAUUCAAGGUGCGGCUCUGCGCAACAGGUGCCGGGAAAUAGUGCCAAAUACAUUCUAUAGCAGUGUGAUCGCGUGUGCAUUUCCACUAUCGACAGAGGUGAGGAAUAUACAUUUUCGGUGUCACUGAAAGGGAAUUUACAAAGUUCAAACACCGAGUUUCCUGCUGAAGGCAACAGGUGCGCCGAGGAAAGCGGACAGAAGACCCUUUGUGAAGAUUACAUUUUCCAAGGAUUUUUUUCCUUGCUAAAAGGGGACAUUAAAAGUGUAUUUUUAUAUAUUUAAGGCAUAGAAUAUUUAUUUUUGAUUAAUAUCUCAACUUUUGAUAAAUAUUUUGGUAAAUUAAAGUUUACAAGUAAGAAUUUAAAAGGCAACCACCUUUUUCGGCAUUUGAUUCGACAGAAGUCAACAUGGCCAACUCAGGGCUUCAGAUCUUGGGCUUCGCCCUCUCGCUGAUCGGGCUAAUUGGUCUGAUAAUCGGAACCAUCCUGCCCCAGUGGAAGAUGUCCGCGUACGUUGGCGACAAUAUCAUCACCGCGGUGGCAAUGUACCAGGGCCUUUGGAUGUCGUGCGCGUUCCAGAGCACUGGACAGAUGCAAUGCAAAGUCUACGAUUCCAUUCUGCAACUCGACAGCUCUCUCCAGGCGACGCGGGCUCUGAUGAUUGUGGGCAUCAUUGUGACAGUGGCGGGCCUGGGCGUGGCCUGCAUGGGCAUGAAGUGCACAAACUGCGGCGGCGACGACAAAGUGCGCAAGUCUCGCAUCGCCAUGGCAGGCGGAGUCAUUCUGCUGGUGGGAGCUCUCUGUGCUGUCGUGGCCUGCUCCUGGUUUGCCCACAACAUCAUCCAGGCCUUCUACAACCCCUUCACCCCCGUCAACACUAAGUAUGAAUUCGGGGCAGCCAUCUUCAUCGCCUGGGCAGGUGCCUUCCUGGACAUCCUGGGCGGAGGCAUGCUGGCUGCGUCCUGCCCCAGGAAGAGCAGGCCGGCCACCAAGUACCCCAUUGCCUCCUCCCGGCCCCCAAGCAGCACCAAGGAGUAUGUGUGAGCACCCCCUGCUGCACAGGCACGGCACUGUGGUCCACGCUGAGGGACCCCACUCCUGCACUGGCUCCUGCAGUGACUCUCUGCUCUUUCCCCUCUCUGCUGACACCCCUCACCUCCCCGCUGAUGUGACACACCCCCUAAGUCACUGUGACAACACAUUCACAUUCAGGUUUGGGACAAAAUGCACAAAUAUCCCAUCCCUCAGAGGAGGAGGCUGCCAUGCAGUGUGGUGCCUUGGGUGAGAAGGGACUGCCACAGUGGCCUUUCAGUGUGUCCCCUGCAGUCGUUCUCCCCAGCACCACACCAGUGAACACACUUUAAAAGCUCCUCACUGCUUAAUAACAGCUUGGAACAGCUACCCCAUCCUUUAGUUAUUUCCAACCUUCAUAUCCCUUCAUAAGCCUUUAAUAAAAACUUUUUUUUCAAAACUUUGUGAAAUAGCUUACUUAUCCCUGCAUUGUACUGUAAACAGAUUAUGGUAGAAGUGAUUUUUUAAAGUUUUGUAUUUAACAUUUUUUUUAGAUAAAAAUCUUCCAAAUCAUUGCAACAGAGUAUCGAUUUACCCCUUUGAUUUACAAAAGAGGUAUUCUUCCAGUGCAGAUGUGUGUGCGUGAGCUAGGUCCUGUUUUAGGAUAUCUUGCCAUGCAGAUUCUAUGCAGUCACUGAUCUUUACAUGAUACCGCCCAGUUCCCUUACUCUUCCUGUGGCAUACCAGCUCAUCUGCAUUUCACAGAUCAUUGAGACUGCACAGAAUCUGCUGAGCACAGAGCCCUAGAACACAACCUGACCUGAUCCAAACCAAACUCUCCAAUGCAGCUCAGUUUGGUCCCACAUGUACAUUCUGAGGGUCAACAGAAGCUCAUGAUUGGUCCCUUCAGUCUAGCGGUGGUCACAGGGAAGGAUAUGGCCAAUCACACCUCUCCUCUCAUUUCUUUUUUUGUACCAUAUGGGCUGGUGUGUGUUUUUGUUUUCAUGGCAGGUGACUUUUAAUGGUAGUAUUUUUAAACUGUAGUAAUUGUUAUUGCACAUCUGAUAUCUGAGCAUGUAACUUUCAGUUCAAUUAUGUUUUUGACAGAAAAUUUGUGUAAAUAAAGAAAUGGAACUGAGUAA